AUGCCAUUUGUUAAAGAUUUUACUCCAGUUGCUCUAAAGGACACUAACUUAUUUAAGCCAAUCCAAAUUGGUGAUAUCGAAUUAAAACAUCGUGCGGUUAUGCCUCCAUUAACUAGAAUGAGAGCUCAUCAUCCAGGUAACAUUCCAAACAGAAAUUGGACUGCUGAAUAUUACGAUCAAAGAUCUAAAUAUUCAGGUACUUUAAUUAUCACUGAAGGUGCAUUCAUUUCCCCACAGGCAGGUGGUUACGAUAACGCUCCAGGUAUCUGGUCUCAGGAACAAGUUGACGAAUGGACUAAAAUCUUUAAGAGAAUUCAUGAUAAUAAAUCUUUUGUCUUUGUUCAAUUAUGGAAUUUGGGUAGACAAGCCUUCCCUGAUACUAUGGCUAGAGAUGGUUUACGUUACGAUUCUGCUUCUGAUAAUGUUUAUAUGAGCGAGGAACAAAAGGAAAGAGCCUUGAAAGCUAACAACCCACAACAUGGUAUCACCAAGGAAGAAAUCAAACAAUACAUUAAGGAAUACGUUGAAGCUGCUAAGAACUCUAUUGCUGCUGGUGCUGAUGGUGUUGAAAUCCAUUCUGCUAAUAGUUACUUAUUAAACCAAUUCUUAGACCCAAUUUCUAACAAAAGAACUGAUGAAUACGGUGGUUCAAUCGAAAACAGAUCUCGUUUUGUAUUAGAAGUUGUCGAUGCUAUUGUUGAAGCUAUUGGUCACAAGAAAGUUGGUAUCAGAUUUUCUCCAUAUGGUCUUUAUGGUACCAUGUCCGGUGGUGCUGAACCAUUAAUUGUUGCUCAAUAUGCUCAUGUUAUUGGUGAAUUAGAAAGAAGGGCUAGACAGGGCAAGAGAUUGGCUUAUAUCCAUGUAGUCGAACCACGUGUCACAGACCCAUUCUUAGUUGAAGGUGAAGGUGAAUAUGAACAAGGUACCAACGACUUCGUUUACUCUAUUUGGAAGGGUCCAAUUAUUAGAGCUGGUAACUUGGCAUUACAUCCAGAAAUCGUUAAGGAACUAGUUAAAGAUGACAGAACUUUGGUUGCUUAUGGUAGAUUCUGGAUUGCUAACCCAGAUAUCGUUGAAAGAUUAGAAAAGGGUUUAUCAUUAAACAAGUACAACAGAGAUACUUUCUAUGCUAUGACUGAUAAGGGUUACUUAGAUUACCCAACCUAUGAUGAAGCUAUAAAGCUGGGUUGGGACAAACAAUAA